UUCAUCAAAGACACACUGAACAGAUGGAAACAGAAGCAGAGGGAGAGGACUGUGGAGGAGCAGAACCAGCCAGGAACUCAGAUCCAGAUAUACAUUUACAACCUGAGGCUGAUGACAGUGAUGAUUGGACGGAGACCAGAGAACUUCAGUCAGGUUUAAACUGUCUGAAAAAUGAUGAAGUCCCUGUCAGUGAUUUGAUUGUUUGUGAGAAACCAUUUAGCUGUUUUAAGUGUGGGAAAAGAUUUGGUUACAAUGGAGAUCUGAAGAGACACAUGAGAUCUCAUUCAGGAGAGAAACGAUUUUGCUGUUCUGAGUGUGGGAAAAAAUAUGGUCGAAGUCAACAUUUGAAGGUACACAUGAGAACUCAUACAGGAGAGAAACCAUUUAGCUGUUCUGUGUGUGGGAAAAAAUAUGGUCGAAAUGAACAUCUGAAGGUACACAUGAGAACUCAUACAGGAGAGAAACCAUUUAGCUGUUCUGUGUGUGGGAAAACAUGUGGUCAAAGUGAAAAUCUGAAGGUACACAUGAGAACUCAUACAGGAGAGAAACCAUUUAGCUGUUCAGAGUGUGGGAAAAGAUUAGGUUCCAAUGGAGCUCUGAAGACACACAUGAGAACUCAUACAGGAGAGAAACCAUUUAGCUGCUCCGAAUGUGGGAAAAGAUUUGGUUCCAAUGGAGCUCUGAAGGAACACAUGAGAUCUCAUACAGGAGAGAAACCAUUUAGCUGCUCCAAGUGUGGGAAAAGAUUUGGUUACAGUGGAGUUUUGAAGAAACACAUGAGAACUCAUACAGGAGAGAAACCAUUUAGCUGCUCUGAGUGUGGGGAAUCAUUUACACAAAAUGGAUAUUUACAUGCACACAUGAAAAUUCAUGAGAGAAAAAAGUGAUGCAGCUGUUCAGUCUGAGAAAAAAAUAAUCUAUUUGUAAUAAUAUUUUAAAAAGACAAAUGACUGACACAGACCCAAACAUUUAUGUUUUAUAUGUUUUUAAAUGUAUGUAUUUACUUACUUACUUAUUUACCAAGAUCAGUCUUGUACAGCCAGGGGGAGUAUUUCCCCUCUGACAGCCAAGCUGGGUCAAAACCUGUUAUCCGGUGGUGACUGGACUUUUGCUGCUUGUCAGGGCAGGGCAUGCAGCACUGUGGUUCUCUCCUGUACUUGGAUCCAGAGCAGGAGAGCUACUCUGACUGCUAAAUUCUAAAACUGAUGUGAACAUAGAUUAGAAGAUAGAAGAAUCUGCAGAAAAUAUCCAAUAUGAGUAAUUGAAAACAUUUUUUCAGACAUUUUUGUAAAUUUAUUAAAAAAAAAAGAAAAUGUAAACAUCGCUGAGCGAUCUUCAUGACUCAGCCUUCAUUUGGAAUUGUGUGUUAUCAGCUUUACUCUCCCAGUUUGGAGAAGCAGAAAAGAGAACAGGCAUGGUUAGGUUGGUUCCAAAAGUCACACAACAACACAAACUAACUGUCCAAUCGAAGGGCAGCUGAAGACCAGAGACUCAUUGUGUUCUGUGAGGUAAAAUUCCUGAUUCUGUCAGUGGAGUCUGGUUGCCUUUAGGAGAGCAUCAUGUAACUGCAUCAGUAAAGGGCUGUCUGACAGCAUGGUUAGGUCUUGAAAAUCUCCAUCAUGUUCCAACGGAGACCAGGAGGUGACAUGCAUAUGUUAUUAUUUUUCUUUUUAAAAUGCGCAUGUGCUUUAUAAUUUGCAGACAUGUUUUAUAAAACGCACGUGUUUUAUUAAAAUGCUCAUGCGAUUUAUUAUCAUGAGCUCAUCUCUACCAGAAUCUGUACUCUUUACUGCUGCGAACGUCACAUUGUUUGAACAAGAUGGCGUGACAACACAAGCGUGACUUACUAUGGCCAUGUACUAUGGAACGCCGAAUGGGCCAAAACGUCUAAGUCGACGUCCGUUUUACGACAUCACAUUUGUAGCUCUUAAGUAGUCAGUAGUGUAAGCAUGUGUGGAAACGUGUGGAGCAAACAAAAGAAGAAAACAGCAGCAGCAGCCGUGCCCAUGCUCCGAUCAGACCAGAGAGAGACUGAAGACAGGCAGGAGGGAGCUUUUGACAGAGACACACACCGGGCCCGGGUGUUGCUCACCGGGCUGAUGACCCUCCGCCCUGCGGAGUCCUGCAAGAGAAAGAACAGCAGCUAAGGGCAGGGACAACUAGUGGAGCGGAGGGGUCGUCACAACAGUCACGUUCCAUUGUCUCAUCAUAUUGUCUGCCUUUUCGUGUAAACAGAUGUAAUCUGUCCUCUUGCUGAAGUUCGUGGGAGUGACAGCCAGGCAAACAUGUUUUGAUGAAAUGCACGCAUGAUUUAAUAAAACGCGUGUGUACUACAUGAACUACUUUUUUUUUCUGCAUAUAUAAAAUCAUAUGAACAAAACUAAAAAUCAACUGGAACAGUUCAAUAAAAGUCAUUCUUUCGAAUAAGUGUAUUUUCA